GCCAGAAAUACGCGCAUGCGCCCUGCCGCUCUCGCGUCCUCCCCAGCCAGCCAGCUAACGUGCGGCGGUGGAAAAGGAGCCGCGAUGCGGGCGCAGCAGAAACGGGCGAGCGGCGGGCCGGGGCUGUACUGGGCGGCCGCCUCGGUCCUGGCCGGCCUGGAGCGCCGGGAGGGCGCCCUCAAGACCCUCGUCUACGGGAGCCGCUUCCAGAGCCCUCGGCUGCUCUACGCCCUCGUUUCGGAGACCCUCCGCUAUUCCUCUGUACUGGACUCCAUCAUGGACACUUCGGGCUUGCUGCGUGCCGAGAAGAAGUUACAGCCACAGCUGGCCAAGGUGCUGGUACACGACUUGCUCUUCGGCAAGGGGCUGCGGGGUGGAGGGCACGGCAGGGUCCUGGUGCUGAAGCACCGGGUCAGGCUACAGGCCGAGCUUGCCCGCCUGAAGGUCCAGAGGAAGGUCAGCUCCAAUGAAGAUCUGCUCCCACCAGCCGGAGGGGCUGACCAAGCCCCUCAGCUGCCCCGCUACGUCCGCGUGAACUCCCUGAAGACGUCCGUGGAUAACGUGGUGGAUUACUUCAAACGCCUGGGCUACUCCUACCAGGGCAAGGCAGCCAGCAUGGAGGAAGCCAGCGUCUUGUCGGACAAGCAAUUCCUGUUGGACCCCCACCUCCCAGAACUGCUGAUCUUCCCUCCGCAGACGGACCUCCACAAGGACCAGCUCUACACAGCUGGGCACAUCAUUUUGCAGGACAAGGCCAGCUGCCUCCCUGCCUUUCUCUUGGACCCUGCUCCAGGGUCCCACGUGAUUGAUGCCUGUGCUGCCCCUGGAAACAAGACCAGUCACGUGGCUGCUAUCCUGAAGAACAAGGGCCAGAUCUUUGCCUUCGACCUCGACGCCAAACGUCUGGCCACAAUGAGCACCAUGUUGGUAAGGGCAGGGGCCACCUGCUACCGGCUGGCCCAUCAGGACUUCUUGGCCACAGAUCCCGGUGACCCCAAGUACAGCAGCGUGCGAUUCAUCCUUCUGGACCCUUCAUGCAGCGGCUCAGUUCUCUCGCAUGCAAUCACCCAUCCAAAUGGAAACCAAGGCAACCCCUGCUUAGUAGAGGGGGCUCUUGGUACUCAGAAGACCAGCUCGCCAUCUGCAAACCCUGCCUCGAUCUGUUCCAGGAAUGGUCAGCCGGCGGAGGAGGGCCCCCCGCUGCCCGAGCGGCUGCAGGCGCUGGCGGGGUUCCAGUGGAAGAUGCUGGCGCACGCCCUGAGGUUCCCCGCCCUCCAGCGCUUGGUCUACUCCACCUGCUCGGUGCACCGGGAGGAGAACGAGGAUGUGGUGCGAGAGGCGCUGCAGGGACAUGGAAAGGACUUCAGGCUGGUCAAAGCCCUGCCCUGCUGGACCCAUCGUGGCUUCGCCACGUUCGCCGAGGCCACGUGCUGCAUCCGCGCAUCUCCGAAAGAAACACUGACUAACGGGUUCUUUGUGGCAGUCCUGGAGAGGCGGCCCCCGGAAGGAGCCCAGGGGACCAGUCCCACACCUGCACCCCCCAGCAUUGGCAGCCGUGUAGGAUCAGACACCCCUCCUGCACGCAAGAGGAGGAAAAAGAAAAAAACGCUCCAAGAGGCCGUGAAGAAGUGAUGGAUCCUAGUAAGAAGUCAGCACGGCAGUCUCUGGGAGUUUGCAGCAGGAGAGGACUGCAGUGCCCAGUGGGCAGGGCUUGUAUUCGUUUGGAGGUGAAAUAAAGAGUUUAAAGUUUA